CCAUCCUCCACCCACCCCUACACACCUCCACCAUCAUCCAUCAUGACUGAAUACGUCAAGGUCGAGAAGAUCGUUCCCAAAUUCCCGCCCCCGGCGUUCGGCGACAUCGCCAAGGCAUCGAACGACCUCAUCAACAAGGAUUUCUACCACACUGCCGCAGCUGCUCUUGAGGUCAAGCUCAAGGCUCCCAACGGUGUCAACUUCACUGCCAAGGGUGUCUCUCCCCACUCUGGCCCCGUCGCCUCCUCUCUCGAGGGCAAGAAGGCUCUUUCCAACGGCAUCAGCAUCACCCAGUCGUGGAACACCGCCAAUGUUCUUGCUACCAAGGUCGAGCUCAACGACACCUUCGCCAGCGGCCUGAAGACCGAGGUCCUCUCCAACUUCAGCCCUGCUGCCGGCAACAAGGGCCAGAAGGUCAACUUCCACUUCAAGCAGCCCAACUUCCACGGCCGCGUCUUCGCUGACUACUCCGCCGCUGGUGCCAUUGGUGCUGUCGCCGAUGCCGUCGUUUCCCACGAGGGCUUCGUCGUUGGUGGUGAGGUCGGCUACGACGUCCAGAAGGCCACCAUCACCAAGUACAGCGCCGCUGUCGGCUACACCACCCCUCUCUACAACGCCGCUAUCACUGCCACCAACUCCCUGAGCGUCUUCUCCGCCGCCUACUACCAGAAGGUCAACCCCGCUGUUGAGGCUGGUGCUAAGGCUACCUGGGACUCCAAGUCCGGCUCCAACGUCGGUCUUGAGCUCGCCGCCAAGUACAAGCUUGACCCUGCUUCCUUCGCUAAGGCCAAGAUCAACAACCUCGGCAUUGCUUCCCUCGCCUACAACACCAAGGUCAACAGCGGUCUGACCUUUGGUAUUGGUGGCUCUUUCGAUACCCAGAAGCUCAACGAGGCCGGCCACAAGCUCGGCACUAGCUUCACCUUCGAGGGUUAAGCGGACGGUGUGUGUAUAGUAGGGUGGGAAGAUCGUGAUCGUUCUAGAUUCCUUUUGGUUCUGUAGCGAAGCGCCUCAGUCUGCAAUGCAGUGAGCGACUGUAGUAUGGCUUUCUGGCAUGUACAACAUUGUCUCAAUGCAUAAUUUUCAAAAGUUCGUCUUGACAUUUCGUUGGUCUUGCGACAAAGUCUAUGUGAUAGCUUUCCGCUGGCCGAUGUUCCCCUUGUCUUCAA